AACGCAUAGGUAACUACUCCACAACACAUCAAAAACGAAAACCAAAACAGCAACAGUAGUAGAGCAAUGGCGACGGCGGAUUCCGACGGUGUGACACCACCUCAUGACGAAGAUUCUUCCGACUCUUCCGUUCCCAAUUCUCCCAACUCCGCCAUCGUUCCCGCCGCUCCAUCCGUCUGUCUUGUCCGUUUCGCCAUUGAUUCCGCCGGUGGCGCUUUAAUGGGCUCCGUUUUUGGAUACGGUACUGGAUUGUUUAAGAAGAAAGGUUUUAAAGGAUCCUUUGCAGAUGCAGGGUCUUCUGCAAAGACAUUUGCAGUUUUCUCUGGAGUUCAAAGUUUGGUCGUUUGCAUCUUGAAGAGACUUCGAGGAAAGGAUGAUGUCAUUAACGCUGGAGUAGCUGGAUGUUGCACGGGACUUGCUCUAAGUUUUCCGGGUGCACCACAAGAUCUUCUGCGGAGUUGCCUCACUUUUGGGGCAUUCUCUUUUAUUAUGGAAGGGCUAAACAAACAGCAGCCAGCACUUGCACUUCCCAUGUCCUGGAAAACAGGGGUGCAGCACAAUGCACGACCUCCCCUUGUACUCCCCCUUCAACUCCCUCUUCCAAAUGAAUUGAAAGAAGCUUUCUCUUUUUUCUCGGAGUCUUUGAAAAAGCGCAACAAGGGAGCUUAUCCUACAUCUUGAUAAGACAUCUGAGUAUCAUGAUUUUCUUGCACCAUGUAGAUAAGAUAUGCACCCUCCUUCGCUUUUAUUUAGGUUCCUUGCAGUUUUUAUCAGCAUUUUUUUUUUUGAAGAACUUGAUGGUGACGAAACAUUGUUAUCCUAGGAGAUGUGUUCUUUUCUCGGCGAAUAGUUUGAACUUGAAAGGAUAUGUAAUGAUUGAUUGAGCUUGAUUAAUUUGCUUAUCAUCCGAAAUACACUUAUUUGAAGUAGGAGCAGUCGGAAUGCCAAACACUGAAUAAUUUAAGAAUAAAUAUUUAAUUUUACUAAUUGAA